AUGAACUUGUCUCGAAGUAGCAGAGCAUCUCUGCGUCAUUCUUCUACUUCGAUGAAGCAAAGGCGGAGCGGUUAUGAGCCAUCAGAUACAGAGACUGAAUGGCAAGAACAUGACCAAAAAAAGAGAACGUUCAUUCUUGUAGAGGCAGAUAAAAUGGUGUCCAAUUUGCCAAGAAAUAUUAGCCCUUUGAAACUCAGCCGAAGAAAUACAUCAAAGGCUGAAUAUAACAAUGGAUCUCCUCCUAGAAUCAGUCCCCUUCCAAGGAGGCACAGCAGCAAGUCUCCUUACAAGACAAGGACAGCGAAGAGUCGAAAUGCUAGCCCCUUGUCGAAGUCAAAACGUGAGAACUGGAGGCAUGUAUCUCCUUAUAAUCAUGGGAGAGAGGAGCAUAAAUUGAUUAACGAAAUGGGAAAUGGUGAGGUUGCUGGCUUAUACAGUAAGCAAAGUUGUAGAAUUCCGACAAAAGAUGAAAUAGGAACAAUCGUGCAGCUUCUUGAGGAUGGUAGAGGGAGUGAAAAUUCAAACUAUAGUCGUCGAUCGGUGACUGCACCGCCAAGACAAAAUGAGGAAUGGAGGAAACUGUCGCCAAUCUCAAGGAACAUGGUAUGCAAGCAAACAGAAGCCUCCCUGGUGAAACAACAAACAGUAGGUGAAAUGAAUGAAAUGAUCGCCAAUGCAAAGAUUUCUAGAAGUCCCAUGUAUAAUGCUUCUAUGUUCGAAAGCACGGAGUCCAUUUCACCCGGUGAUAUCUUCUUUUCCCGUGAAGUUGGAACCUUGGAAAUGCAAAUGCAAACCAAUAAGUCGCCAAUUAAUGGAAGCUUUGGAAACCAUGUACUCCCAAAGCCACCAAUGUUUGAACAUAAAGAUUCUGCUUCUCAUCAACAAAUGAGAGCUAAUGGAAACGUCAAGCUGAAUGCCCAAGGGUUCUCAUCAAAUGCUGGCUUAUCAAGAACAACAAUGACUUCUACUUCAGCUGCUAACAGACAUAGUAACGGUAAGCUUAGCACUGAAAGUAGUAAGAUAAGUUAUAGCAGUGGGAGGAGUAGUUGUGUGAACUCAAUGAAGUUCACAGCAAAUAGACUGAAGGGCCAAAGUGAGACCUGGUUUGCUUGUGUGAUGAGAGGACCCUGCAGGACCUCAAUGAAAUCACCAGAAAAGCAAGAUUUUGACGAGGCCUCUUUCAUUGGGAAGGCAAUUGUAGUUGAAAAACUAAGGCCGUUUUGGGCUGAUAAAUAUCAACCGGCUUCUUUGAAUGGAUUCACCUGUCACAAACAAGAAGCUCAGCUUCUGAAGCAACUUGCAUCCCAUGAAAGUUGUCCUAAUAUAUUGUUCAAAGGACCGUCUGGUUCUGGGAGAAGGGCACUAACAAUGGCUUUCCUGCGAGAAAUAUACGGAGACCCUUGUUGGAAUGAGAAAAGGCCAAUGCAGGUCCUUGUUCCACUCGCUUCAAGUGCUCAUCAUUUCGAGCUCAAUGUAAACUUGGAAACAAAAGCUAAAUAUGCAUUAAUGGGAUUAGUCAAAGAAAUAAGCGCCGGUUAUGCAAUUACCCCUGAAAUCAGCACUGCUAGUUUCAAGUCAAAUUACAAAGUUAUAGUUCUUUAUGAUGCUGACAAGGCACCAGAGAAUAUUCAUCACUUGAUAAAAUGGAUUAUGGACUGUCACUCGGAUUCUUGUAAAUUCAUACUCUGCUGUGAAGAUGACACAGAUAUCCUAGAAUCAGUAACCAAAAGCUGCAAAGUUAUAAAAGUAGAUGCCCCAGUAACACAUGAAAUUAUGGAGGUACUUGUUCAGAUUGCAAGGAAAGAGGAGUUUGACCUAUCCAUGGAUUUUGUUGCCAAAAUUGCUGCCAAAUCAAAGCAAAACUUGAGAAAAGCAAUCAUGGCCCUUGAAGCCUGCAAAGCACACAACUAUCCUUUUGCUGAUGGUCAACCAAUCCCACUCGGAUGGGAAGAUGUUUUGAUCGAACUUGCAUCAGAAAUCCUAGCUGAUCCCUCACGUAAAAGAUUGUUCAUUUCACGGGGAAAGCUUCAGAAGCUUCUUAUGGAUUUUGUUCAUCCCAAACUGAUACUCCAGAAGCUUGUAGAACAGUUUCUUAAGCAAGUCGAAGCUGGUUUAAAAAGGGAACUCUAUUACUGGCACGCUUACUAUGACAAGAGGCUGCCGACAGGAACAACUGCUCUGUUGAAACUAGAAGAGUUUGUGGCCAAGUUUAUGGGGAUAUAUAGGAAGAGUUCCAAUAAUCCUCAGUGUGCGUAA